UCCUCGGUCCAGCGGUUCACUGGCUGUGCUUUGUCUGCAGUCUCUGGUCAUCUGCUGUACUAUAUCCGCAGUCUCUGGUCGUCUCCUGUACUAUGUCCGCAGUCUCUGGUCAUCUCCUGUACUAUGUCCACAGUCUCUGGUUGUCUCCUGUACCAUGUCGGCAGUCUCUGGCCGUCUCCUGUACCAUGUCGGCAGUCUCUGGCCGUCUCCUGUACCAUGUCGGCAGUCUCUGGCCGUCUCCUGUACCAUGUCGGCAGUCUCUGGCCGUCUCCUGUACCAUGUCGGCAGUCUCUCUGGCCGUCUCCUGUACCAUGUCGGCAGUCUCUGGCCGUCUCCUGUACCAUGUCGGCAGUCUCUGGCCGUCUCCUGUACCAUGUCGGCAGUCUCUGGCCGUCUCCUGUACCAUGUCGGCAGUCUCUGGCCGUCUCCUGUACCAUGUCGGCAGUCUCUGGCCGUCUCCUGUACCAUGUCGGCAGUCUCUGGCCGUCUCCUGUACCAUGUCGGCAG